GGUCCCUGCUCUGUGCUGUGCGGGUAGCCUCAGUCCUGCGAGCUCCCCUCUCUGGGCCUCAGUUUCCUCAUCUGUCAAAUGGGACAAAUGGCUGAGUUGUGGACCGCGCAGGGGGAGGAGGUGAAGAGUUGAUCUCGUCUGUCUCCUUCCUCCUCUGUCUUCCCCGGAGCCUUAGAGUUGGGUGCUGUCCCUUUAACACCGGAGGAGGGACUGAGGAUACAGGAAGAAGCCGGGCAGAGCCGGUGCCCAGGCCAGCUGGUGGGCACAGGCCAGCUGAUCUGGUCUGGGAAUUGGUGGGCCGGGAGCUCUCCUGCGCCGUGGCUAGCAUGGAGGGCUCUCUGGGGGACGGUGCCAAAGACAAGCCCUUCCACACGGCCACGCCCCUGCUGGAGAGCUGGGCGCUGUCCCAGGUCGCAGGCGUGAAAGUCUUCCUCAAGUGCGAGAACGUGCAGCCCUCCGGCUCCUUCAAGAUCCGGGGCAUCGGGCACCUAGUGGGACGUAUGGCGAGGAAGGGAUGCAGCCACUUCGUGUGCUCUUCAGGGGGCAAUGCGGGCAUCUCUGCAGCCUAUGCGGCCCGGAAGCUGGGCAUUGCCGCCACCAUCGUACUCCCAGAGGGCACCUCCCCGCAGGUGGUGAGGAGGCUGCAGGGGGAGGGCGCUGAAGUCCAGCUGCAUGGAAAGGUCUGGGACGAGGCCAAUCUGAGAGCGCAAGAGUUAGCCAAGAGAGACGGCUGGGUGAACAUCCCCCCGUUUGACCACCCCCUGUUAUGGGAAGGCCAUGGCAGCUUGGUGCAGGAGCUCAAGGCAGCCCUGGGGACCCCACCAGGUGCCGUGGUGCUGGCCGUGGGGGGCGGGGGGCUCCUCGCGGGGGUAGCAGCUGGCCUGGUGGAGGUGGGCUGGCAGCACGUACCCAUCAUCGCCAUGGAGACCCGCGGGGCGCACUGUUUGAAUGCGGCCAUCAAGGCAGGCAGGCCAGUCACACUGCCGGGCAUCACCAGCGUGGCCAAGUGCCUGGGAGCCAAGACGGUGGCCACACGGGCCUUUGAAUGCACACAGGAGUUCAAGGUCCUCUCUGAAGUGGUGGAGGACGUGGAGGCUGUGAAUGCCACGCAGAGGUUCUUGGAUGAUGAGCGCAUGUUGGUGGAACCUGCCUGCGGGGCAGCCUUGGCUGCCGUCUACUCAGGCCUCCUGGGCAGGCUCCAGGCCGAGGGCCAUCUGAGCCCGUCCCUGUCAUCGGUUGUGGUCAUCGUGUGUGGGGGCAACAGCAUCGACAGCCAGGAGCUGCAGGCGCUGAAAGCCAUGGUCAGUCACAGCUGAGGGAGUCUCAACCCAGAAGGACUGGCCAGGCCCUGAGACCUCUGAGAGGCCCAUGACCAUCCUUGCGGCUGACCGAAGAGGGCCUCUGUGUAGCGGUUGGCGCUGGAAGCUGCCCUGGGUUUCCAUGCUGGCUGCCCCUGCAGGAAGCCCUCCUGAAACUCUUCCUUUGGCUCCCAUGUAGUCCUGGCCAAUAAAUUCUUUCUGAGUGGAGUCUGUAA